AUGCAGCGUCGAAUGCUCUCAAAAGAAGACGAAGGGGGAGACGAGGUUGAAGUCCGGAGAGAAGACCAAGACAAGAUCAACAAAUUCUCUCGACUGCACCAACGGGAGAUUGUGCUCGAGGAGGAGCUGAAGGCAAAACAUAAAGAGAAAGAGGACCUCGAUGAUGUCUCGAACGAAUUGGAGUUGGCCGACGAAGAGGACAUGAUACCCUACAAAAUUGGAGACUCUUUCAUCUCGUUACCUCUGCCCGAAGCCCAAGAAAUGCUCUCGACGUCGACAAGCAGGAUCGAGGAGGAAGUAUCUGCGGUGGAGGAGAAGCUGGCCGCGGUCAGAGAGGAAAUGUCGCAAUUAAAGGUCCAAUUAUAUGCGCGAUUCGGACGGAGCAUCAACCUGGAAACAUAG